AUGACAGAAUCAAAUAAUGAUACGCUACAAACGUGGAAACGUGAUGAACAAUGGGUAUCACGUGUUAUACAAUAUUCAUCUCAAUAUAAUGAUAAUACUUGGUCUGCAAAUCAAAUUAUUGGACCACCAAAAGUCUAUCCUCGAUAUGGAGAUUUAAAUGGUGCAUGGGCACAGGGUCAUCGAGCAGCUGAUGAAUAUAUUAUAGUUGAAUUUGAACGAGCAGUUUUUCCAGAUCAAAUUGAUAUAUAUGAAACGUAUAAUCCAGGUGCUGUUGUUAAAGUAUCUGCAAGAAAUGGUAAUGAUAAUGACUGGAUAACUGUUUGGGAAACUCCGUCUCCACAUACUGAAGCUCAUUCUCGUAUAUUCACUGUUCCAUGUUCAAAUAUAUCAUCUCGAGAAAUCAAUCAAAUUCGUCUUGAUGUUAAUUGUACUGCAGCUGGAAGUUGGUGUGAAAUUGACUGUAUUAAAUUAGUUGGAUAUGCAUCUCAUCGAGGUUCAUCAUAUAAAGAACUAGCUACUAAUUUAAAACAAUUACUUCUGAAUGAUUAUCUAGCUGAUGUCUUUUUUCAACUUGAUGAUGAACAAAUAAUACCAUCAUAUCGGAAUAUUUUAAGUAGUCGAUGUAUUUAUUUUGAACAACUAUUCGAUGAAUAUCCAUUAGAUAAUAAUCAACCAAUUAGAAUCAAAAAUAUUUCCUAUGAAGCAUUUUAUCAAAUACUUCAUUUUAUUUAUACGGAAACAAUUGAACCAGUAUUACCUUAUACUAUAUGUCUUGAAUUAAUGCGUAACGCUGAAGAAUAUUAUUUAAGUCCAAUAUAUAAUGAAGCAUUUAUGAUUUUAAAAAAAUUAAUAAAUAAAACCAAUGUUGUUAAUAUAUUUGUUGAUUCACAAUCUUCAUCAAAUGAUAAUCAACAAGAUAAAAUUAUUCUUAAUGAUGCUAUUAGUUUAUGUGUAGAAUUUAUUCAAAAAAAUCGUCGAGAUGUUUAUCAAAGUGAACAGAUUCAAUCAUUAACAAAAGACAUGCUAUUACAACUUAUACAACUUGUUCUGUGA